AUGCAUGCCAUUUUAUACAUUUUGCUCGGCCUCAUGGCCGGGGCUGCACUCGCAGCUUCCGACCCCCCUUCAUGCAGCACUUCGAAGUCCUGCCCCAAGGAAUAUCCCUGCUGCUCGGAAGGAACCUGUGGCACCGGGACCUACUGCCUCGGCGGAUGCGACCCCCGAAUGUCAUACUCCCUGGAUGCCUGUACUCCCAAGGCUGUGGGCCAGAAUCGAACCUUCACCUGGCCAAAUCUUGACAAUGCCGCUCUGAACACGAAGUAUCUGGGCAAUGCGUCGAAGUCGGACUGGGAAUAUUCCGGAUCCCCAAAGCUGAAGGAUGGAAAUAUCAUCUUGACUAUGCCUAAGAAUAGUGUCGGGACGCUUGUUUCUAGCACGCACUAUAUCUGGUACGGGAAGAUCGCGGCUGAUGUCAAAAGUAGCCGUGGGAAGGGUGUUGUCACUGGCUUUAUCCUGAUGUCUGAUGUCAAGGAUGAGAUCGAUUUCGAAUGGGUGGGUUCUGAUCUGGAGAAUGUGCAGUCCAAUUUCUAUUUUCAGGGAAUUACGAACUAUACAAAUGGGGACACACUUUCGACUAGUGGCGACGAUACCUACUCCAGCUGGCAUCACUACGAGAUCGAUUGGACGCCCCAGGCAAUAAAAUGGUCCGUAGAUGGAACCGUGAAGCGAACCCUCACCAAGAAAUCCACCUGGAAUGCCACUGCCAACCGAUACGAGUACCCCCAAACCCCGGCUCGCAUGCAGCUUUCACUCUGGCCAGCGGGCCGAGCGAGUAACGCACAGGGUACUAUUGACUGGGCUGGCGGCCAGAUCGACUGGAAUGCCGCCGAUAUUCGAGACCACGGCCAUUACUCCGCCUCCUUCGCCAAUAUCACUAUGCAAUGCUAUGAACCCCCUGCCGGGUCGGGAGAUGGGCAUCGGUCGUACGCUUAUCUUGACAAGAAAGGUCUGGAAAGCUCCGUGCUUGUGACGAAUAAUAGCACGGUGUUGCCCGAUAUGGGUCAUACUGGAUUAAAUAUGGGGACUGGAAAUUCAACUUCUUCGACAGGCUCGGAUGCUGGCGAUGGUCCGUCGACUACAUCGACGACGUCGAAGUCGGGUAGCACGGAAUUUGUUCAGUACGAGAAUAAUGCCCCCGGACAGGUGCCUCAGAAUGUGCGGCUAGCUGCUGUGGUACUGCUCUUCUCGAUGUUCAUCUCAUAA